AUGGAAGUUGUUGAAGUUGUGGGCUUUGAGAAAGAUGCAGAAAUUUUAAUGAAGAAAUUGACACGAGGAACAAAGGAGCGAGAUGUUAUCUCCAUCUUUGGAAUGGCUGGACUAGGUAAAACAACUUUGGCAAGAAAGGUGUACAACAAUCCCUCUAUUAUCAAUUACUUUGAUGUUAGAGCAUGGUGUGGUGUGCCGCAAGCAUAUAAUAGGAGGACAUUAUUGGUUGAGAUUUUCAAACAAUUAGGUACAAAUGAUAAGAUCAAAAUCAAAGAGGACGAUGAUGUAGCUGACAUGUUGCGCAAGAGUCUAAUAGGCAGAAGGUACCUUAUUGUAUUAGAUGAUAUUUGGGGUGUUGAGGCAUGGGAAGAUUUAGGAAUAUGUUUCCCUCAAGGUGCAGACGGAAGCAGAGUAAUGGUCACAACACGAAUUGAACAAGUGGCUAAGCAUCUUCAGCAUCACAGUGAACCUUAUUCUCUUAGCUUUCUAACGUCAGAGGAGAGUUGGGAAUUAUUGGAGAAGAAGGUAUUUCGAGGAGAGAGUUGUCCCCUGGAUCUACUGGAAGCAGGGUUACAAGUUGCCCUACACUGUAAGGGAUUGCCUCUUGUGGUUGUCCUGAUUGCUGGAAUUAUUGCGAAAAUGGAAAGGGAGGUGUCCUUGUGGCUCAAGGUUGCAAAUGACUUAAGUUCUCAUGCUUUAGGAGAGCAGUGUAUGAAGGUAAUACAAUUAAGUUAUGACCAUUUAGAAGACCACCUAAAGCCUUGCCUUCUUUACAUGGGAUUGUUUCCAGAGGACCAUAAGAUUCCAGUGUACGAUCUGCUGAAGUUGUGGAUGGCUGAAGAGUUUGUAUUGAAUGUCGAAACAGAGAACAUGGAGGAAGCAUCUAGAGUUUGUUUGAAUGAGCUACUUAGCAGAAGCGUAGUAAUGGUCUCUCACAGGAAUUCUAGUGGUGACAUAACAUACUGCAUACUUCAUGAUGUAGUGCGUGAGUUUUGCUUGAGAAAACUUAAAGAAGAAAAGUUUAUGCAGCUCACAAUGCCAUACAGUCCACAUCAACAUUUAUGUUCUAAGAACUCACGGUUAUGCGUUUAUAUUCAUGAUGAUCUUGUUAAAAAAUUAGAUCAUCGUGAAUAUCAGUUAGAUAAGAUUCCAAUACUCAAGUCUAAGGAAAGUAAGGAGUGUUUUGGUGAAUGUUGUAGAUCCUUGAAGUACUUCAUUGCUCAUCCAAAAUUCAACACAUGGAACCUUUCAAAUCCGUUACCUAUACUUGUUAAGUUAAGACUUGUUCGGGUGUUGCAUUUUCCAUAUGGGGAGCUACCAAGUUCUUGGCAUAUCGCGGUACAAUCCCUGACUCACUUGAGGUACCUUGAAAUUUCUGUUGAAGAAUUUGAUUUCAAGUGGAUAUCUCACAUGUUGGAUCUUCAAACUCUAGUGAUUCAUUCAUCUAAUUUUCUAAGGACAUCUCCAACAACUAUCUGGAAAAUGAAAAAGUUGAGGCAUGUGAAUGUAAACAAACUGGACUGCUUUUCCUUGUUAUGGUAUGACAAUGAUGAAGCAAUUUUUGAAGAAUCUUCAACAACUAUGCUAGAGAACUUGAAGACAUUUCGCUCUCAUCGUAUAUAUGUGGAUGAUAGGGAUCCAAGGUUCUGGUGGAGAUUUCCAAAUCUUGAAGAACUCAGCCUCUGCAUUGAAUAUGUACCUAGUUGUCCUUUGUUUCCCUUACCGGAAAUUCAUACUCGCCUUCAGUCUCUCCAUUUGGUGAUAAGCUAUAAGGGAUUCUGGGAUAGAGUUGGAUGGGAGAACUACUUUGUGUUCCCUUCAAACCUUAGGCGUUUGUUCAUUGGCGGCUAUUUCUUGACGGAAGAAAUGAUGGUAAGAAUUGCAAAAUUGCGGAAGCUUGAGAGUCUAACAUUAACAGGAGGAUUUCCUUGGUGGGAAUUCAACAACUGUUGUUGGGACGUCACAAAUGUCGAGUUCCCUGCACUCAAAUACUUGUCAUUAGAGAGUGUGAAGAUGAAUGAAUGGAAAUCUUCAGAGGAAUCGUUUCCUGUGCUUGAGGAGUUAUCUAUAAGAAGUGGUUAUUUCUACAAGGAGAUCCCUCCGAGCUUUGCAGAUAUUUCAACACUGCGAGUUAUUAAACUAUAUGACUACACCAACUCUCUUGGUGUUUCGGCUAUGAAUAUCAAAAAAGAAAUAGAAGAAAACACUGGAUGUGACAGUCUCCAAGUUCUUUUACUGUCGUAA